AUGUAAAAAUUAGAGAUUGAAAAAAGAAUUUGUUAAAUUCAUAAAUUAGAAAUAGUCGUGGUAGAUUUGAAUCAUCAACAAGAAUAGAUGACAAAUAUUUAUGCGCAAGAUGUCUAGCUGAGAGAGUGGAUAGAGAAAAUAUGGCAUUGCUAAUGA